AUGUUCCAGGUGAAUAUAUUCGAAAAAGCUAACACCCUGUCAGGAGCGUCAAAUGACUACCGAAUGAAGGUGAGUCACUCACUCGGCUUCCUGUUUUUCAUGCCGAGCUCUUGCUCCUUCUCCCUUCCUCUCUUUCUUUUCCUCACAUACAUAAUAAGCACAAUUAGGUUUUGCUGAAAAAAAAUCUUUUCUCCAGCGUUGUACUUGAUUUACCCGCUUCUUGAAAUUGCAUACUUAUUGGAAUGAGGGUAGGAAUAAGAACAGAAAGAGAGAGAGAGAGAGAGUGAGCAGAAACACAAGCGAAAUAACAAUAAUAUUUACGAGGAUUCCUUGAAAAGACUCAGGACUCAAGGUCGAUAAUCCCCCGUUUCUAUUCAUCCGACCCCCACCUUUUGGCUGUGUUUUCUUCGUUCUCUUAAACGGUUCAUUAUAGAUUCAGCACUAAAAUUUCUGAAAAUGCGCAUAUCUCUCUUCAGUUGGCUCUAUUUUUCUUUGAGUUCUGCCUAAAAUGCUUGUGGGGGUGGCUCGGCCAGAACGAAAAUACGAAUGAGGCCAGUGGAGCAGCAAAAAACGCUGGAAACACAAUUUCGUUUGCUGUUUUCGUUUGCUUUCUCUUGGUUUCGCCUAUUUUCUAUCUUUUUUCUUUUGCUUGUCACGCAAACGGUUAGAACGCCAAUAAGAGUUGAGCGGAAUUCCGUAUUCCGCUUUCCGUCAAAAUGUUUCAUUUCGUCUUCCGGUUUCCGCUUUUCCGAAUAAUCUAUUCCGUUCAACUCUAUCUUCCCAAAAAAUAAGCUUUUCUGAUUUUUACGUCUAAAUUCCAAAAUUGUUUUUGCUCUACAUAGCUUUAGAUCGGAUUUAUUCAUGUUUUCGCAAUAAUCCCUUCCGAAAUUGUGCGUAGUUAUCUUCGAAACGACGUCAAAAUCAGAAGAAUCUCUUUCGAAAAAUCAAAGAACCAACCUUGUGGUUUCCGCUUCAAAUAGCUGGUGGUUUUGACGUGUUUGAGAUGGGCGCAAAACCGAGAGAAGACACAUAAUUAAUGACGACGACACAUGCUAUCGUGCAGUUGAUCUAUUUGCCAUUUCUGGAAAAAAAAGAACCAGUUUCUCUCAAACUCCAUCCAAUUUUAGUUCAUCGAUGUUAUCAGAAUGUACAUAACCGUCAUCCAUUCGCCCCGUUUCCUUACAUUUUUACCAUUCCAAUCGACAAACAAGACCAUCAAUGACGCUGAUUGUUCUUGCUCUCGCUCUUACUCUCAUUCUUAUCACCAUUUCACCGCUUUCCGGCGAGUUUUCCAAAAAUCAAUGGAAGUAAUGAAAUAAAAUGUAAAUCGGCACCUGGUUAAUCCGCCGAUUAUCCACUAUGAUGUCACUUGUUCCCUUCUCAUUUCCCCUUCCUUUUUGCAAGUUUUACCGUCAAGCUGCUCGAACGAAUGGGUUUAAUUUCACUUCUCUCACAAGACUUCAAUUCCCUCAAGUCUGACCCCUUUUCACUUUGAAGACGUCUUGAAGACGGAUGGUAAAAAAAUAAAAGAAGGGGAAGAAAAAAAGUUCGCAUCACCAUGAGGGUCCUUUCUCUCUCUCUCUUUUGUGCUCAUCUGAUCUUUGAUGUUGGUCGUUUUCCGGUCGGCACGCGCGAAAAUCUGAUUCUCAAUUCACUUCAUACCCCUCCCAACUGAAAAGGCUAUCAUUUGCAGCUGAUUUUGAUAUGAGAGCUCAUGGCACAUGCGUAUUUCCUGUUUUGCGAUGCGGAAGGCUCCGGUUGGGAGACCGAAAUAAACCUUUUUCCCCCUCCUCCUUUUUCUUCUUCGUCUUCUUCUUCCUCUUCCCAUAUUGCGACGAAAGGUCGCUGGAUUGUUGUAGUCUUCGUCGUCGCUUCUCUCAAGAGCGGUGCGUAGGCGGCAAGUGGGAUUAGGAACUGGCACUUUUUAGAUUACACGAGUUUCUUGAGCGGAUAUGGAUGAUGAUGGCGAUGUGAACGUGAGAGUGAACAGCUGACGGGAGGAAUUAAGCGGAUAAGAGUACGAAGUUCGUUUGCGAGCCAGAGAGCCAGAGCCAGCCAGCCAAAUCACCGUUUCACCCCAUAAUCAGAGCAGUUCUGAGCAUUCGCGGGAUUUUGGCGCCAGAAUUCUCUUGUGCGCUUGGACUUUUGACACAUUUGCAAUUCUGAUAGGACCCAAACCUUACAGACUUCUUAGGCUCAAAUUAAAGUAUCUUUGGUCCAAGUAAUAGCUCUAUCGUAACAUCUGGUCCCGAGAAAUAGUCAAUUAGGGCACGGAAGCCCUGGUUUUUGCGAGAAGCGCUGUAUCGGCUCUGAAUUACUAUAUCUCCGGUCCCGAUAAUCCGAUCGGUCUGAAACUUAAACCCACAAUACUUUAAUGCAAGUCUAAGAAGACUGCUGGCUCUCGAAAAUCUCGGGCCGGCUAACUGCCCAGCCCUUACUCACACGGACACUUUUCCCACGGUUCCUACUAAGAGUAAAAAGUUGAGAGAGCCCUCGUGCGUCACUAUUCACAAUGAUCGUAAUGAUUUCCUAUUCUCAUAUCCUUUCCAUUUUGAGCCCCCCGACUGACGAUAUGAGCUCUCGAUGGAGUCCUUGACACGAAAAGAGCGCCAUCUCGAAUGGGUUGAGUCAGAGCUGCAAGAGCUUACGCUCUGCCCUUUCAGUCCCUUUCACAUUGAAAAAUUCACCCUUUGCUAAUGAGGUGGGUGUACUUAGUACCCUCAUUUUAGUGUCGUUUUCAAAUUGGCUUGCUUUAGUUUCGUUGUGGCAGGAAUAGGCUUGUCUGAAAAACACUGGAGAAGCUGAUACAAUUGACUUAUCUUGUUGUUUGUGUCAAUUUCCCUUUUCCGCGAACUAUUCAAGUUUUCCCUCCCGUUUUCUUUUCCGUAUUUCUCAAGGACUCGUUCACAUGCAGUUGUUCUUGACAACCGACAUUCGCCUCCAUAUUCCCUUUUAGUGGUGCCCGUUUUAUGCUCGCUAUAAAAAGGCGGUUGCUACUUCUACUUCCUCGAAGUGCUGCUGCUGUUGCUGAGUCGUUCUGAAAAGCACGAGUGCUUUGCCUAAUACGAUCAUGCGCUUUUCCUGUGCGGAUUGGAUUAUGGGCGCGAGAGAGGGGGGGCCCCGGGGCCUGAAAGACUCUGCCUUCGGGGCACGAGCACACUUUGGUUUUGGAUAUGGAGCGCUCGCGCGAAGCUCACGUAACGGCGCCGUUUAUGAUUAACUAGAAUAGUUUUCGUUUUUCGUGGAAUUUGUGCUCAGCAGACAGACAGACCAUGAUCAGCUCACUAGUUGUUUUUCAGUUUUCUGGUAGGAAACAGGGUUUGGGGACUGCUCUCGUGUUCUCAUGUUGAUGGAGACCAUAAAAUAGAAAAUAGAAGGGAGCGGAUGAGAGACGGCUCGGCUGUUUCAGUUCAGUAUUUUCGAUUCUUCAACCCAGCGCAGACAUCAGACAGAAUUCGAUUCCCCUGAGAUUGCGGAGUGCGUGAGCAUGUACCAGUAACCUGAUGAAAUCCUUUUUAUAGAAAGUUCUUUAUGAGCUGUCCAAUGAUAUACCCAGCUUUCGCGAUUGGUCGACUCCGCCCAUUCUAGCCUUAUAACUGAUAGGCUCGCCAUUCAUUUAUCUCAAUACUCCAACAAACAAUCUUUGUAGCUUCUAGCUCCUGCUGCUUGUUGACCAAAGGACAUAAAUCCGAGGAAUGAAGGGCGCCUAAUAAACCAUAAAUUGUUUGUGACCGCUUGUUUUCCAUGCCCCUUUUUCGGCUUCCAUGAUCCUUGGUUUCCUUUUUGGCAACAAGAGGCUGAAAUAAAAGUCAAACAAACCCCCCUCGUAGGCCUCCACUUGUCGGAAACAAAGAGCGGAUGAUGAUGACGGCGCUGAGCCUUCUUAGAGCUUUGUCACGAGAUCCUUUUUUGGAGAGGGGGCCCUCUCAGCCACAGCUCCGGCUCUUCCUUCUCUCUUUAUGUCAUGCAUAUAUGUCAGUGAAGAGGGUCCCCUUCUCUUUUUUCUUCUUCUCCUUUCGGGGCCCUCUUCUGGCGGCUCAGAUAUUGCCUUCAGGCAUUUUUCUGUUUUCAUCCGCUUCUCUGCUCUUGCUCCGCCGGAACCUAGAUAGUGCAUGCGUGGCGGAGCCGUCAGAAAACGGCGAGUCGGCGACUGAAGGCGAUUCUCUUGCUCUCCCCUCUCAAACACGCACGUCAUCCAACGAGAGAGUGCUUGCAGAUGCGCUAUCGAUCCGAAGACGGCGAGAAGACGACGGCGACGGCGACGCGGGCCCGCCUCUUCAACUCGGCGGUGGCCUGCCAUCGAGCAGCUCGCACCACUCUUCGGCCCUCAUACGGGAUGGGCAUGUGGCGAGCCGUUGCGCUGCUCGCUUGCCUUACUGCCACCACACAUGCCGCCCUCUUCACAGGUGAGUCCUACUGUAGGUUGGUGGGUAUCAAAUUGUUCUGUCUUUGUUAUGAUUCUGACUUUGAAAAUACAAUUUUUCCUAAAUAUAAUCGUCUCAAAUCUAUCCAGAUCAUUCCUUUACUUUACUUUACUUCCUUUUUCAUAGUGAUCAGAAAUCGUGACUCACACUUCCCGUUGUUUUCAUCCAUCUAGGCGCGGGCGUUGGUUGAAUUCAAUUCUGAGAAUGACAGGUGCAAUUCAAUUUUGUGACAUUUUGCCGUCUCCGUUUUCACCUGCUUAUUUUAAAAAGAGUCAAGUUGAAAUGAAAGACUGACGUCUUCUUGUGAUUUUGUGGUUCGCCAGAAAGAGCCGUGUGCAUUUCUUCUUCUUUUUCAUCGAGAAUACAUGAGCACAUCUCAUUAGGACAAGAGGCUCAGCGGAGAAAAUUCUCACGAGCAAAGCACAUGACUCACAUGCCCCGGCGUCGCUGAUUGGAUGAAUACAAAAAGGGGGAUUGGAGUGGGACAAAAGAAAGAGGAAGCAGAACAAAAACUGAGGGGGUUUCUUUUUUCCUUUUUCUACUCUAGGCAAAACAGCGUCAAUUAGACCGCCAGACCAAAUAAUAGAUAUUAUUACGAAAGCACAUUUCGUUUUUGAAUCUGAUGCGUCAUGAGUCACAAAAAAGAAAUUGGAUUGUUUUCCCUCAACUUUGAAUAGAACAAGAAUGCAAGAAUGUACAACUCUUUGUUGGGUUCAGAAAAAAGAGAAAGAAAGGGAGAAAGAGAAAAGUUGAUGCAUCAGAAGAGUAGGGGGUGAAUGCAUUUACAUGUUUUGGGGAGAAAAAAAGGUUCUACUCGAUUAUUCAUCCAUCAUUUCAGAGGGAGGCGCGGUCUUGAAUGGACAAGACAACAAAGCUAACAAAAAUGUGGAACUCGCGCACGGCGAGAAGGUCGGCAAUCUGGACGACUAUGUACGAGAAAUUUAAAUUGAUUGAUUUUGCAAGUCAUUAACUUUUCAGGACUUUGGAAAGGGCCAGGAGGAGGGUGUGGACAAGUCGAGCGAGCCAAAGAUGCUCGAGGACGAGUACCUCGAGUACAUGGUCCGCGAGAUGAACCAGCUCGAAGAAACGGAGAAGAAGCCUCAACCGAAGAGUUCGAAGCUUACUGAGAGCAAUCCAGAGUACGCCGAGUUUCUCAGAAUUCUUGAUAGUAUACCAGCUCCGAAACGUCCGGAACAAAAGGUUCCCCAGCCGCCCUUUGAACAUCAACCGAGUUCGGCUGAGUUCGAGAAGAACAAGGUCGCCUCCGAGCCAUUCGACCUGGACGAUCUUCUUCGAGGUAUGUUAUUGAGGAGGAACAAGCAUUUCUCGUCUUUUCUGUUUUGUUUUUCUGUGUGUGUGGGUGUGUGGUGUCUGCAUAGUGAAUACAACAAGUUGGCAACUAUCUCGUACCCCUGGGUGACUUCAGAUUUCCCAGAAUGCAUUGGAUUCAGAGAUCAAUUCUCUGAUUCACACUGUCGCAUGAAUAACAGAACUCUGAUGGUGGCACUUUUCCCGUGAGAGCUUCGGCGCCAGACUCCAUAAUAACAGGGCUGUUAUAGUUGACGUAGGUAGUAGGUAGAGAUGAUAGCACAGCUUUGAGUCGGGUCGUGUUUUCCUGAUCUCCAUCUUCCGCUCCCUUGUGACAUUUUCGAUGACAACUGAAACCAGAGCCCAUAUUCAGAGGGAACCCGAGUAGCGAGAAAAAGAGAGAGUGUGCUCGCUUCAAACAGAUGACGUGGGUGUGAGUGCGUUAAAAAGUUGAUGUUGCCUUCGCUUUCUUUCUCGCAGCACAGGAAGUCACACUUCCUGUCGAGUCGGCAAAUUGAAGCGAGCGCGAGAUGGACGGAGCAGAUUCUAAGGAAAUGGAACUCAUCAUCUCGUUUCCGAGAAAGCUCGUUCUUUUUUUGCGGUUUUCGGAAAGAGAGAGAGAACGAAGAAAGCGCGUGACCCUAUCGUCCUAUCCCUUUUCUUCAUUGCGCUAAAUAGCUUAUAAUUGAGUUCAUUUAAAGCCCGCUGCUUUUGAAAGCACAGGCCACACACACACACACACAAACACACAUACACAUUAAUGAAAGGAGUGACGUUGAGUUGGUUAGAGGCCUAAGACCAACCAGAAUGAGAUGAGCAUUUUUCAGGGGAACUGCUUCUGGAGCGGAAGCUCGCCCGGGAGGCCGAGUAUAAGCACUUUCUGAAGGUGCUGGAGGAGACUCCAAGAGCCGCCAAGGCCAACGUCGAGUCGCUGGAAAGUGCGAUGCAGACGGCUACCGGUGAGCCGCAGGUUCCGCAAAAGAAGGGACAGAACGAGUUCGUCUCGUUCGUCGAGCCAGAGCCGCAGCCGGCCAAGCAGACUGUCUCUGCCCAGAGCAUUGACAAACGCCGCCUGGCCACCUCUGCCGAGCUCACUGGAAAUGCCCCGAAAUACAGCUCGUCGAGCCUUCUUCUCCUGGCCGUUGGAACUGUGAUGUGCGUCGGACUUCUCGGAACCGCUGUUGGUGGAACCUACUACUACAAGUAAGCUAUUACAGUGACACCAUUCAAAACAUCGUCUUUGUAUCUUUCAGAAACAACCGUCGUGACGUGACCCCAGACGAUGGAGAGUAUGCCCCCUACGCCGGAACUGGCCCCGGAUUCCGCAAGAACAAGGUGAGAGUGACUUUUGAUCCGUAUUAGACUGGCUCAAAAUCUAAUUUGUCCAUAAAAAUGAGCAGUGCGCACGAGUGAGCUUCGGCCUAAUCCAUUAGCGCGGAUUACAUGGGGAGCACGAGAAAAGUGAUGCGAUUCGCUUCUCUUCUUUUCCGGUCGUGUCAUUAAUAUUCAUCGGAAGGGGGCUCAAUUUCACAUGACGGAAAUGAGUAUUUUGCAGGGAAAUAAGGGAGACGAGACUCUGGCCUACAAGGCUCAGCUUCACCAAUACCAGCAGGCGAAGCAAAAGAUUAUCUGCGGGGAGGAUGCUCCGGGAAUCAUCGAAUCGGACGGAGAAGACGGUGCGGAUGAGGAGAACAACUACAGUGUCUACGAGUGCCCGGGUCUUGCGCCAACCGGUGACAUCGAAGUUUGCAACCCGAACUUUGCUGCGAAACCCUAA